GCCGCCUGCGCUGCGGCGGCUUCGCCUGCGGCCGGAAACAAUAGUGGAGCAUCCCGAGCCGCGCGGAUCGGCGGCCCGCGAAGCCGGACGGGGCACUAUGAACGAAGAGGAGCAGUUUGUAAACAUUGACUUGAAUGAUGACAACAUCUGCAGUGUCUGUAAACUGGGAACAGACAAAGAGACGCUCUCCUUCUGCCACAUUUGUUUUGAGCUAAAUAUUGAGGGAGUUCCAAAAUCAAAUCUUUUGCACACCAAAUCUUUGAGAGGCCAUAAAGACUGCUUUGAAAAAUACCAUUUAAUUGCAAACCAGGAUUGUUCUAGAUCCAAGCUGUCCAAAAGUACUUAUGAAGGUGUUAAAACAAUUUUGAGUAAGAAGAUAAACUGGAUUGUUCAGUAUGCACAGAAUAAAGACCUGGAUUCUGAUGCAGAGCAUUCUAAACUUCCCCAGCAUCACCUGUUUAACUUUAGACAUAAGCCAGAGAAGAAAUUGCUCCCACAGUCUGACUCUCAAGUGCCAAAAUACUCCGCAAAAUGGAUAGAUGGACCCACAGGGUGUGGAAACUCAAGCUGUACAGAGAAGAUUAUGGAGCAGAGAGAAAAUACAGACUUGGGGCUUGCUAUAUUACAAGAGUCCGGGGAUACUUUAUGCCAUAAAGGUGUAUUGUGGCCUCGUAGUCACAGUCAGGCACAGAAAAAAGAAGAGAUGAACUCUAGACCAGAGGCUGAUGUCCAGACCCAGAAUCUGCGCUACAGCAGAGAGGAACUGAACCUGAUGACUCUUGCUGAAGUAGAACAAUUGAAUGCAAAGCUCCAACAGCAAAUCCAGGAAGUUUUUGAAGAGUUAACACUCCAAGUGCAAGAAAAGGAUUCUCUGGCCUCUGAGCUCCAUGUCCGUCACGUGGCCAUCGAGCAACUUCACAAGAACCACUCCAAGUUGCCGUGUCUACAAGUAGGCCGGGCAGGAAUGAAGUCACACCUCCCCAUAAACAACUGAGCGGAACUGAUGCAUUCCGUGUGCUUCCUCCCUCCCCAUUGGCCUGCCAAGCAAGCAUGUGUACUUAGAAAAAGUGUAAAGAAAGUUGUGGUUCAUGUUUCAUGGUCAUUAUAUUUGCAAAGCAUAAGAUAAUAUUUAACAUCUUUGUCUAAUAAAGCAGAUUACCCCAGGUCUCUAGGGCUAGUCAUUUGGCUUCAUUUGGGAAUCAUUUGUUCCUCCCUAACUUUUGCCAUGUGUGACUACUUACAUAAACAAUUAAGUGUUUUGUGAACAUUUUAAUAUAAUUCAACUGUCAAAACAAUAGUUUAAUAAGCUCCUUAUAUUAGUCUAACCUUCUAAAGAAAUUUUAAGAGGGAAAUAGAAUUCCUAAUACAACCCCUAAUUUAUGCACAAUAUUUUGGUAUAAAUUUUUAUAUAUGAAAUUGAUAUUUUAGGUAUUUAUCAUUUUCUUUAUAAAUGUGUUUGGAUGGUUAUGUGUGGUUAUACUGUGAAUGAAUGUGUUCAUUCAUGUUUCAGAUCACUGCAUUUUAUUCUCAGUACAGAGUUUUUUAACUGUUGUCUUUCCAAAGAUAAGUGUAUUUUGGAGUAGAAAUUGAACUUUUAAUAAUGUAGUAAAGGGAAAUAAUUUUUUAAAGUAAAUAUUCAAGUAAAUAAAUGACAUUGUCUUUUUCUAACAAAAGCUAUCUGAACAAACUGAGGAAAAAAAUACUAGCCUAAUUUUUGUAUGUCAGUUUGUCUCCAUAAAAAUAAGUGCAUCUUCUUCAUGUUCAUUCUAAUGACUUGAAUGUAUUAGAAUUUGGAUAGAGUAAAUAAGUCUCACUUCUAAGACAAAUGUAAUCUCUUCAAAUUCAAAUUAUCCUAUUUUGGAAAAAAAAUGGAAUUGAUCUUUGUGCCACUUUUACGUUCCAAGAAUCCAUAACCUGUCCAAAUUCUAUUACCAACAUCAUUGAUAUUCAUGUUCAAAAGAAAAAAAAAAACAUUGUAAGGUAUUUUUCUAAGCUUUAGAAUGUAAAGGGAAGAUUGCUUGACAAAAGAAAAAAGUCUU